AUGAGCAACAGGUACCAGAAAGAAGAGUUUUCUUUCUGUUUGAGUUUCAUGUUUUCACAGGCCUAUUUCCGGACAGUAGAACUUGUUCAGGAGCCUAUUCCUGGCUCACCAGGUCUGAGUUUCUACUUUAGAAUCAAUGGCCGACCCAUUUUCCUCAAGGGCUCGAACUGGAUUCCAGUCGAUUCUUUCCAGGACAGAGUGACUUACAACAGAUUAUGGCUACUCUUGAAGUCUGCAGCAGAUGCUAACAUGAAUGCACUUCGGGUUUGGGGAGGAGGAGUGUAUGAACAAGAUGAAUUUUAUGAUAUUUGCGAUGAACUAGGAAUAAUGAUUUGGCAGGAUUUUAUGUUUGCAUGUGCACUGUAUCCAACUGACCAGAAUUACUUGGAAUCUGUAAGAGCAGAAGUUUCUCAUCAGAUAAGGCGUUUAAAAUCCCAUCCAUCAAUUAUUCUGUGGAGUGGUAACAAUGAAAAUGAAGCAGCAAUUGCAAGCAACUGGUUCUCCAUACCUUAUGCUGACAGAGAAGUCUAUAUCAAAGAUUAUGUGAUGCUUUAUGUGAAGACCAUUCGAGAAAUAGUUCUUACGGAAGAUAAGAGCCGUCCUUUUAUUGCAUCCAGUCCUACCAAUGGCUUGGAGUCAGUUGAAGAAGGUUGGGUCUCCCAGAAUCCCUAUGAUACCCAUUAUGGUGACACUCACUUUUAUGACUACAGCAGUGACUGCUGGAACUGGAUGGUGUAUCCUAAAACUCGUUUUGCUUCAGAAUAUGGAUAUCAAUCCUGGCCUUCCUUCAGUACAGUCAAAGAGGUUUCCUCCACUGAGGACUGGUCCUACACAAGCAAUUUUUCCCUCCAUCGACAGCACCAUGAAAAUGGCAAUGAUCAGAUGCUUCAACAGAUUGGGCAUCAUUUCAAGCUUCCCCAGAGCACAGAUCCCAUCAAGAAGUUCAAAGAUACGAUCUACCUCACUCAGGUGAUGCAGGCUCAGUGUAUAAAGACAGAAACUGAAUUCUAUCGUUUUAGUCAAAGUGAAAUCAUCAAGGGAGAAGGACGCACAAUGGGAGCUCUGUACUGGCAACUCAGUGACAUUUGGCAGGCACCUUCCUGGGCUUCCUUGGAGUAUGGUGGCAAGUGGAAACUGCUCCAUUAUUUUGCCCAGAACUUCUUUGCGCCACUGCUGCCUGUGGCCUAUGAAGACAAAGGUACGUUGUACAUCUAUGGUGUCUCAGAUCUUCAUGUGGACCACAAGGUGACUUUGACGGUCACUGUGCAUGCCUGGAGUUCUUUGGAGCCAGUAUGCACCCUUGCCAAAGAUGCUGUGACUGUUAAAGCACAAAGUGCUGUCCCCAUCUACAAGGAGUCCAUAAAUGACUUGCUGGAAAGAUGCACAAAUUGUACGAGGAAAAGCUGCGUUAUUACUUUCCGUCUUGUGGGAGAAGGUGGGCUCCAGAGUCCUGUGAACCAUCACUUCCUUUCAUCACUAAAGGAUGCUGUCGGAUUAGAAAAGACCCAGUUUAGUGCCUUUGUAUCCCAACAAGAUGACAUUUAUAGAUUUGAUCUUCAGACCACUGCAGUUGCUCCUUUUGUUUCUCUGGAUGUAGGAAGUAUAAAGGGCAGAUUUAGUGAUAAUGGUUUCCUCAUGACCAAGAAGAGGAAGGUGGUUGUGUUUUAUCCUUGGGAACCUACCAGUGUUGAAGAACUUGAAAAGUCACUAACCUUGACCUCUCUGGUGGAUGUUAUCUGA